CGCAGGCAUGCAAGCCCGCAGGGGCCGGCCCGUGCGGUGACCUAUCUCGCCGGCAGGUCCUAAAAGAAUGACUUCCAACCAUCAGCCGCAACACCAGCAUGGGGGCUUUCUUUACAUUUGGACACAAUCGAACCCUAUAGGAUCGAAAGCUCCACAACUUUGAAGGCACCAGCGUGAAUCCUAUGAUUCUAGGGCCUCCGUCUACUAUACACCCUCGCAGACUCAUCCACAGCUGUACCUGGGGGUGGCGCUGAUCUACUAGCUGCCCAGAAUGAUGUAUGCCUUCCCACCUCUUGGUAUAAAGGUUACUGAUCUCCAGCCACAGUUCCGUCAACCACCGACCACCCGUGCGUAGGCGUAUCAGCAAGAAGCAAGUUCGGAUUAUGGCUUCACCAAACCCAAACGACGGAUCCGGCAAGAGCCCUUUCGAUAUGCCCGACGAUUUCUCUUACCAAUUCAUGGGACCUCCAACCACUUCCGCAUCCGCUCAAGACUUGCAAUUCACUGCUGCAAGUAGCCCGCCGAUGCAAGCGACCGACUUCCAGAUUCGCCCCAGUCCCGUACCCUCGACGCAGUAUCAAUUCAUUACGACCACUGGAGAGGAAGAUUCAGCUACCUCGAAGCGCAAGUUGAAAACGGUCCGCAGCCAUGUUAUGCGCAACUUCCUACAGCAACAGCAACAGCAGCGCAGAGCCGGGCAAACCCCCGCGAGCUCUCCUCCUUCUGAGUACCUUUCUGUCGAGGUCUCACCCGAAGAGCAGGGUAGAAGAAAGCGAUCGAAGUCGUGGGAGAGUCCUCCUCCAGGGCAGUCCCGAAAGAGCUCCGUUGCUUCCAGUGCUCCCAGCACGCUGGAGCAGCAGAUGUGGGCGUCUAGUGCCAGCUACCAGGGCGCCGGGAGCCCCAACCUCAGCGGGAGCGUCCGCAGAGGAUCCUCGCAGAGCACAGUUCCGAGUCCAUGUACGUACGACCGCUAAUGUGCGACAUUGUAUUCCUUUGCACAGGACACCGACCGGGAAUAUGGGCGCUCGAUUUUGUCUGGGAGCCGAUCCCUCCCGACGAAGCUUCCAACUACAGCUUGAUGCACAUUGCAUCCGUGCUGCGUGAUCGGAUGGCGCAACAGCCAGCGCCUAGUAUGGAGACGCUGCACGCGCACGGCGAGGCUAUGCGCAACGUAGUUGAGACCCUGCAAG